AUGGAGGGUGACGGCGACGAAGGUCGCCCCAUGGGGGCGAGCAAGCUCUCGCGCAGACCCGCGGGGCAGCCACCCGCGCAGCCCAUCCGCCCCGUGAGCGCCAACACCUUCAACGGCGCCCAGAGACCGGGCACGGGCGGCGGCAGGCCCCAGCCCAGGCCCCCCUCGGCUCGAACGUACCACACCGAUCUCUUCGACGAAGAGGAGAACGCGGGCGGCGCCGGUGACGUGCUGGCGGGGAAUAACUCGAUCAGCGCCGCGCAGAAGCUGCAGCAGAGACGCGAACUCGCGGCGCAGAAGCGACGGGAGCGCCAGCUCGCCGCAGGGACCGUCACGCGCAACCCCGCGGCGGGCGCGCCGGGUGGGGGGCAUCAGACGAUGACGGCGCAUCAGACGCGACCGAGGCCGCCGUCGGGGGGCGGGUCGAUGCCGCCGCCCUCCGCAGCCGUCGGGGCCAACCCGUACAGCACGCCGCGCUCCAACCCUCUGUUUAGCGGCCAACACGCGGUCGGGGGCAUGCAGCAGAACCCGCUCGCGGCGAUGAACGGCGCUUUGAACCAACCUUCGGCGAUGAACCAUGGCUCGACGAACCAGCCACAUCCCCCCGCGUUUGACAGGCACACCAUGGCCAUGUACGCGGAGCGAAGGUCGUUCAACAUCAGCGGCGACGGGCACGGCGCCGCGCAGCAGAGGGUCCCUGACGGUCGAGUGCGGGGAUUCGACGAGCCCGAAACCGACUUUGGAGUCGGUCACCGGCGUCAGCGGCAAGCCCCGGAGCCCGAGGGUGUCGCGGAGCUGCGUCGGGAUUUGGAAGCGCACGGCUUGGCGGACGAGUUCGACCCCAACGAGGGCAGGCACCCGAUGGAGGUGGCCGCCGAGCGCGAGCGCUUGAAGCGCAUCGAGGCCGCCGCCAAGCUCGGGCCCAAGGCUAAGAGGAUCGCGGAGCGGCCAAAGGCGGCGCGAGUGGACGCGAGUGACAAGCGGGUCUUCCUCACGCGACCCGGCCCGGAGGACGCGCCCGUGCAGUGCCACAUCGUGCGAAGGGUCAACAAGGGUUUCCUCCCCGGCAGCAACUACCCCGAGUACUUCCUCUACCUGGACGGACCGGGCGCCAAACCCGGGGACCCGACGAACGAGGCCAAGUUCCUGCUGUCCGCUCGCAAGCGCAAGAAGAGCAAGAGCAGCAACUACGUCAUAUCGCUCGACGAGGAGGACAUGGCUCGGCAGUCGGGGAACUUUUUCGCGAAGCUCCGAUCGAACUUUGUCGGCACGGAGUUUACCAUCUACGACAAGGGCAGCAAACCGGGGGAAAAACCCGACGGCAAAUCCGCGGGCCUCGCCCCGAGAGAGGACCUCGGCGCGGUGACGUACGAGUACAACGUGCUCGGCACGAGGGGACCGCGGAAGAUGAAGGGAUUCAUACCACGAGUCGACUUAACAUCCGGCGAACGCGCUCGAUUCGUCGCAACCACCAGAGACGGCGCGCACGGCAUCCUGGACUGCCACAAGCACGGCAGACGGGACGACCUGAUCGUGCUUACGAACAAGUCCCCGCGGUGGAACGAGCAGAUGCAGGCGUACUGCCUGAACUUCAACGGUCGCGUGACGCACGCGAGCGUCAAGAACUUUCAGCUCGUGGACGAGUGCGAUGAAGACGAACGCGUCGUGCUGCAGUUCGGCAAGGUUGGCAAGGACAUGUUCACCAUGGACUUUCAGUGGCCGAUGAGCGCGUUGCAGGCGUUCGCCAUCUGCCUCACCUCGUUCGACAGCAAGCUGGCGUGCGAAUAGAUUCCCACCUCCCAUUCAACACCGCUGUAACACCAAGUCUUAAACCGAUCGUCUC